UGUGGCUAAAAGGUUCAAGACUGAUUCUUGUUUUUUGCCACUGCACUGCUCCUACCCAACAUUGUUGUUUCGCGACGCUGCCUUUAUACGCUGCCUUUGCUGCUUCAGGCCGGUUUCGUCUACACUUACAGCCCACCUCCAACGAACACCCAUACGAAAACGACCGACGACAAGCGACGACACCCCUCCUUGCCACAACCACGCCGAUUCUAGUUCUUGUUGCAAAGUACAACAGACGAUACUACGAAUAGUUCAACUUCUAGCAGCUUGACAGCUUCACUACUCUGCUUUUCUCCCAACGCCGUGGCCGCCGUCCCUUCUCCGGCCGCCACAGCAAUACUAGCCUCACUUCCAAUCCCAUCCGCAUAUCAGCUGCUUUGCCAUGGCUGUACCAAACGGAGAUGGACGCCGCCGCGUGCUCGACUUUGACACGUCCAUGCUGAUCAAAGGUUCCAGCAUGGCCCGAGCCAUGUCGCCUUUUUCAGAGGCUACCAACACCUCUCGCUCCUCCUUCUCUUCGGUCCGCGAAAACGACGACGGCGUUGCCCAGACCUUCACCCGCUCCAAGAUCUCCUCCUAUACUGACGUUCCCGAGGAAGUCUUUGACGAAUCUCCUUCCAAUGAACUGCCACAACCUACCUUCCAGGCACCGCUCACCCAACCACAGAGCAAGCUUCAUGGCUUUUGGUACCCCGCGGAAGGCUUCAAGGGCUGGAAGGAGAUCCCCAUCAAGGGCAAGCCAGCCAGCCGCAGCUGCGAAGACCUUCACAAGCUGCACAUGACGUGGGAUACCCCAGCACCCGAAAUCAAGAGUGAAGAGGUGUACCCUCUGUCUGCGGCUCCCCUUGAACGGCUCCCCAGCGAGGUUCUCGGCGCCAUCAUCGACCUCUUGGUUGUCGAGAUCCCUCCCAACGGCCUGACCACCCGCAACACCGACUUGAUGUCGCUCCUUCGUACAUCCCGAACUAUCCACGCUGCCACCCUUGCGACGCUCUACCGACACAUUACCAUCCCUCACUCCCGCAUCUUCCGCAAGUUCCUUAAUACCGUCACCCAAUACCCCGCUCUGGCCACCGUUGUACGACGCCUCGACUUCAGCCACUUCAACCCCUCCAUGCUCUUCAGUACCGCAGCUGAGCGCGCUCAAACCCAGAACCUAACCGCCGAUACUCUUCUGCAGUGCCUGAACUUGACUCACUACUUGCAAGAGUUCCUCGCCCAGGACUACGUCACCGAAGAUCUUGGCCCGGAUGUCCUGCGCAAGCUGUUCUUUGGCCUGCCUAACUUGCAAGCCAUUGACUUCUGCGCAUGCUCGUCCAAGUUCUAUACCAGCUCCAUGCUGACCAUCCUUAACGACCCUUGGCCAGAUGUGCUCCCCAUCACCAAGAUUUCCUUCCACAAGAACAUGGGUCUUCCGCCUGCAGUUUUUGAAACGAUUCUGCCUCGCCUGCCCAAGCUCACUCACCUUGACCUGACUGGCACCCGCGUCACCGACAAGGCUCUUCUGUCCAUCCCUGACACUGCCAGAAUUACCCACUUGAACCUCACCAAGUGCAAGGAGCUGUCCUCUGAGGUUGCCGUCAAGUUUGCGACUUCACACCCCUCCGUUGUCGACUCUCUUGUCUUCCUCAGCCUCGCCACCGAUCCCAUCACCCACCUGCUUCUUGGCAAGGCCGAUGUCGAUGCUCUUCUUCCCGCACUCCCCCGAACCCUCAAAUCGCUCAACCUCCGAGGCAGCCGCAUGGAUGCUUCCCACGUCCCCGAACUCAUCCGCCUGUCCCAGUCUCUGGAGGAACUAGCAGUCGGUCGUGGUCUCGCUAUGAACGACAUCCACCGCCUGUUCUACCACGAGGGCCAGUGGCUAACCCACAACCUGCGCUUCAUCGACAUUUGCGACAUUGAGACCAUCAUUGGCAGCGCCAGCACUCUGCUUGCACCGGCAUCUGCUCCUCUCCUCGUAGUAGAGAUUGCGGAGCGUGCCUACGAGCGUGCCGCCAAGCUCAACAAGAACCUUCAGCGAGUCGGCUGGACAGCCAAGGAAUUCCGCUCCCGCUACUGGCUUGUUCGCACCAACGGCAACGCUGGUGUGCGCGACUCUGGUGCCCGCUGGUGGAAGAUGGGUGCGGAGAGCUGGGGAAUGCGCAAGAUCCCCGUCGCCGUCGCUGAAGUUGGCGGUGUUUACGGCUCUUACAUGUUUGGCGAGCGCAUCUAAUCAUUCCUCCGUACCACUCACAACCCACUCUACUCCUACUUCUUCUUCUUCUUCUUCUUCUC